CUGGCCCACAUUUGAUGUCACUGGACCUUAAAUGCGGACAACUACACAAACACAGAUUCGUCCCGCCGGAGCAGCUCGGAUAAUACGUUUUUGUGAUGGAGUGGCGUGAGCAGUCCGCUGUCAGCUGCGACGAGGCUUACUUGGAGGCACAGAGAUGGAUUGAGGCAGUAACCAAGAAAAAACUUGGGAGCGACGACUUCCGAUCAGCGCUGGAGAAUGGAGUUCUGUUGUGUGAUUUGAUCAACAACAUCAAGCCUGGAAUCAUCAGGAGAGUUAACAGGCUGCCAACACCUAUAGCUGGACUGGACAACCUCAACGUCUUCCUAAAGGCCUGCGGGAAGCUUGGACUAAAGGAAGCACAGCUCUUUCACCCGGGAGAUCUUCAGGACUUGUCAACAAGAGUUACAGUCAAGGAUCAAGAGACCAACAGGAGGCUAAAAAAUGUAUUGAUCACCAUAUACUGGCUGGGAAGAAGAGCUCAGUGUGACCGUAUCUAUGAUGGACCUUACCUGAAUUUCAAGGCAUUCGAAGGCUUAUUGGGCACAGCACUAUACAAGGCUCUGCAGGAAUCGCCCAGUCAGAAAGGCAGCAGUGUCAGAGACAGCGGUUUUGGAGAUAGCUGGUACUCAGAGCGAGAGGAGCUCUUCCAACCGAGGAGAAGAAGAGAAGGAGGAGGAGGAGGAGGAGGAGGCGGCGGACACCGGAGAGACGACUCCCUGGACAGCUUGGAUUCUUUAGGCUCCCGACCCAAGAGCAUCUCAUCCGAAACCACUCUUAAAGGUAGCAUCGAGGGUUUUUGCAGUGACACUGAGGCAGACUCUCUCUUCAGGAUGUCUGACAACAAAGACGGUCUUAGUUACCGCCGGUCAGUAAGCAUCACACCCAAGGCCACGGCCCAGUUCAACCAGUUCCUGCCCAGUAAAGACAAAGCGUCAGGCUACGUGCCGGCUCCGCUGAGGAAGAAACGGGCCGAACGCAAUGAGGAAAAUCGCCGCAGCUUGGUCAACCCCAUAUACACAGAGGAUGAAGGCGCACUGACCAGACAGCGGGAUAUGCAAGAGAGUAUCGACGGGAGUAAAUCAGCAGUCGAUAUCCAGGUUGACUCCAACCUCAUCCGGCAGGUUCGAUACGAAGAGCUUCAGAAGUAUCGUGAGAAGACAAGGGAAAGUGAGGAUAAGUGGCAGGAUGACCUGAGUAAAUGGAAGAACCGGCGCAGGAGUGUCAACUCUGAUAUAGUGAAGAAAAAAGAGGAAAGGGAGAAGAUAGAGGAGAUCACGUACAGCGGCAGCAGCAGCAGCAGCAGCAGCAACAACAGAAGGUCUAAGACCUUCAAGGAGAUGCAAGAGGAGAGAGAAAAUAAAGGAAGGAACAGCAUCGGCAGCCGUUUAGGAUCUCUGAAUUACCUGGACGACGACGACGUAUUUGAUAAACCUGUCCUUUCCCCACGCACCCACACCUUUCCUGCCAGGAGCUACACUAUUGACACUCCUUACUAUUCCUCUGAGUCUUCUCUGAAAGAGGUCGAACCCCACGCUGCCACCCCAGCUACUGGCAGGGCCGCCUCCCCUCCCACCUCAAGGAAAGUUGACAUUGUGGAUAGUUCUGCAGGCAGCUACGCCACAACCACCAUCACUCCCGCCUUGACCCCCACCGUCACUCCCAGCAGUCGCAGAUCUUAUUCUCCAGCACCUUUACAGAGGAGUCCAGUCACAGAACGCAAAAGCACAGUCAAGACAGAGGAGACCACAAACACCUUCACCCCCACCUUGACUCCCAGCAUCAUUCCCAGCAGCCGCAGAUCGCAGUCUCCAACUGCUGCACCUUUACAGAGGAGUCCAGUCACAGAACGCAAAAGCAGAGUCAAGACAGAGGAGACCACAACCACAGUCAUCUCCUCUUCUAGCUCCGUACAAAAGGUGCUGGAGCCUAGGCGCCCAUUGUCGCGCAUACAGACUGAGGUGGGGGCCCCCUCCUCUGGUUUUCUGUACAAACAACAACCACAGACCAGCUCAAUGGAACCCAAGCCUCCCGGGGUGUCUCGGGUUUCCGCCUCCCUACCCAGGAGCUACCAGAAAUCGGAUAGCGCACGUAUAACCUCAGUUGUCACCGCAAGGCCCUUCGGGACCCAGUCAUCCCGCCUCAGCUCACUGCCCCGACCAUUCACAGCCGUACAGACGGACACCGCUCCGAAGCGUGUCAACGGCAGCGCAGAUGUCUCCAAGAAGUCGACAGUGCCGAGCCGCUAUCACCAAUUCAUGACCUCUGAGGACGAGGCUCAAUCUCAGUCCAGCUCAGUUCACAGCAGUGAGGAGGAGGAGGAAGAGGAGGAGGAAGAAGAAGAGAAGACCACCGUGAAGAGCGUGACCUCUACUAAGAGUGUCUCACCUGUCCUUCCUCAAGUCAGGAGUGAAACUCCAGUCAGUCCUGCUCCAGCCAAAGAAAUUAGCCAGGAGAACUACUCUGAGAUGCGGAUCAGCCUGAACCAGAAGCCCAACAGCAGCAAAGACUUUGGCUUCCAGGCAGCCUGGGACUCCACAGGAGCUCGUGUCACCACCAUCCAGCCAGGCAGCACUGCAGAGAUGUGCCAGCUCCAUGUCGGAGACGAGGUGCUGGCGGUGAACGGGCAGCAGGUGGCAGAAAUGAGCUACCUAGACUGGAAGUCCUGCAUGGAGGAGGCUCUUCAGGAGGGCAGUCUGGUCAUGGAUAUACGCCAUCAUGGCAAGAACAAUCAACCUUCCCUGCCAUAUCAAAGCCAUAAGACCAUCAAUCUGACCAGUAUGGAUCAUCCGAUACUUCUAGGUUCCUCUGACUCAAACGCGGUCAGCUCCAGCCUGGAUUUCACCUCACGCACUUCCAUGGAAAAGCUGGAAACCAAAGAGGCCCCCGCCUACCCCGUCAUCGAUGUGGCUUCAAACGGAGUUAAUGGAGGUUUCCGUGAGCAGCCGGUGACCAUGAGGAACAAAGAGUCAGAACCCAUAUCUUUGAAAAACUUAAAACGGAGGUCAGAGUUUUUUGAAAAAGGAGGAUCAGAGUCUGCAAUGCCAGAUAUACCUGUUCCCCCAAUCACUACCUCUUCCAGCCGCUGGUCCUGGGACCCAGAAGAGGAGCGUAAAAGACAGCAGAAAUGGCAUAAGGAGCAGGAGCGCCUCCUACAGGAGAAAUAUAAGCGUGACCAGGAGAAGUUGCAGGAGGAGUGGAUAAAGGCUCAGCAGGAGGUUGCCGACAGCGCAGACGAACAAGAGCCCGAGAGCCUGGUGGUGGAUAGACACAGCCUCAGCCCACACUCACCCCUCUCCCCCUUCAACCAGCCAACUUUUCCUUCAUGGGAAGAGGAAGAAAAGAGGAAGGCGGAACAGGAGCGCCAAGGGCUGGAGGAGGAGGAGCGGGAACGCCGAAGACAGGCGGAGGAGCAGGAGCGCCAAAGGCAGGCCGAGGAGAGGAGGAAGAGGGAAGAGGAGGAGCGUGAGCUGCUGCGUCUUCAGGAAGAGAGAAAGCAGAAAGAAAGGCAGGAGGAGGAGGAGAGAAAGAGGAGGGAGGAGGAAGAGCUGAGAUGGCAGAAAAGGAGAGAGGAGGAGAGGAGGCGGCAGGAAUUUGCAGAGCAGCAGCGCAGAGAGCAGGAGAGAGCCCAGCAGCAGCAGUGGGCUGGUGACUACCAUGGCUUUGCCAAUGUCCAGCCGUCUCUGUCCUAUACAGACAGGACAAAAUCUCAAUCAUCUCCCCAGCUUGAUGAAGAUGAAAAACCUCAGAGAAAAGGUGUGUAUGGGCAGCGGGGGGGCAUGGCUCACUGGCUGCUGGAAGAGCAGGCGAGGAAUGCACGAGAUAAACAGGCCCAGAUUCAGCGGGCUACAUCAGAGCUGGAGCUGGAGAGGAGAAACAUCCUCAAUGCCAUGAGAUACAGAGAGCCGGAGAGAGUGACGGGCAGUGUUAUGGGUGACAGGACGAGUAAGCAGUCCCUGUCUCAGGCGGAGCUGGAGCGCCAGCAGAUCCUGAACGAGAUGAAGAAGAAGACUCCGAUGCUCAGGGACAAAAGCUGGAUCCGACAGAACUCCGCCACCGUCGGCACCACCAAGGAGUCCGACGCAGCACCAAUGCGCAGAGGUGAGUCUCUUGACAACUUGGACACCUCCUAUAACUCCUGGCGCUCCUCAUGGACUCCCAGAAGCAACUCCCAAACCCAAAACUACUCUGCGCCGUACUCUGGCGGCACUUCCCUUUACGGUGGUGGUCAUGGGGCCCAGCGUCCCGUCUCCUCUACCCUGCCUUCCUCCUCCUCCAUGGGCUCCCUCAGAGGCGGGGCAGGAACCCCCUCAUCCCCUUGGUCCCGGCAGUCAUCUUCCCCCUCUCCUUCCUCUCUGUCACCUGCCACUUCUCCAGAGCCAACGUCGGAGGCAGGCGCCCCUCCGCCGCAGAGCAGGUCAGUGAGUGGAAAGAAAAUCUGUACGUUCUGUGACACCCCGCUGGGAAAGGGAGCAGCCAUGAUCAUCGAGUCCCUCGGGCUCUGUUAUCAUUUGAGCUGUUUUAAGUGCAUCGACUGUAAGUCUAACCUCGGGGGAUCGGAGGCUGGGGCUGAAGUCAGAAUACGAAACAAACAGCUGCACUGUAACUCAUGCUACAUGCGGUUCAAAGCUGGCCAGCCAACCUCUAUGUGACGUGACUGUCCUCCAGCAGAUCGAUGAAGAGACUACUUGUGACAACAACCCAUGAACAUUUAAGUGAACAUCGAAGCCAUUGCAAAUAGCUGGGACACUUGGUAUGGACCUAUUUCCAUUAAUGAAAAUCUCAGUUGCCUCGCUGAUGAGAAUUAUAUUUGUGUGUGAUUGAGAGGGUAAGCUUGCAAAGAAGUUAUCUACUUUAAUGUUUAUAUCAUAUUAAGUAUUACAAAAUGAAAGGGUUCUGCAUGCACCAGAGUUUCUAAAUGUUUAAGCCACAAAACUAGUCAAUACGUUAAAUAGUCUCUAAGAGUGUUGAUGAUCUUCGUUUAUGACCUUCGCUUAGACAGAUAUUAGAGAUCUUGAGAGAGUUUUAAAGGUUUCAAUCUCCUCUUACUCCUGCUUCUUUUUCUGCUCGGUAACAUGUUUGUUGUUUGUUUGUUUGUUUGUUUGUUGUUUGUAACAGGGAAAAGUAAUUAAGAUUACUCUAUUAGCAUUCUUGCAAAACCUAUUUAAAACCGUCUGCUUGGAUAGCACUUGUCUGGCGUUUUCACUGAUAGAUGGAGGAUUGUACACACAUGCAGGUUUUCGUGUAAAGAAUAUAUAAUACCUAAUGGCAUUGAGGCAAACUGUAACUUUUGUAAAUAAAAUGACUAAAUGCUCA